AACCACUAUAAUGUAAUAUUACCUAUUGAAUCAUUUUGUACGUUGGAGUGAGUUUCGGACUUACAUAAAUAGGUACAAGCGAUAAGGUCGUUGGGAGUGUACUUGAUUGAUUCAUAUUGAACCGUCGCAGUGUUGAACGCGACGCUGUUGGAAAAGCUAGUUUCACGUUAAAUUGCCAGUGUAUUUGGCGAUUUCUGAUACCGGCGCUAUUGUGAUCAUGAUCGCCACAUGGUGUGUCCUAAUGACUACAGCCGCCGUGUUGAUAGCCGUACAAGCCGGCCAAAACAAUCACUACUUCGCAAUCAGCCCAAACAAAGACUCAAGAUGUCACGUGCCAAAGAUAACCGGUUGCAACGCUUCGCUUUAUCCGAUCAUGGACUAUCAAGUGGCCGCUUGGUUUUUCCAUCCGCCUUUCAAGUCUUGUCGACCUCUAUACACCGCAGGAGGAGUACACAAUUGUCCAUUCAAUACUAAUUUACCGGUAUCCAAAGAAAUGUGCGAACGUAUAUGCGCCGAGCCUUGCACGAUGGACGAUGGGUCGCAAGGUAUUUGUAUGUUGGACGAGUAUUGUAAAAUCAAGCCAAACAAAUCCAGCGCUCAUCCCAGACCGUGUCAAGUGUACAACGUCAAAUGCUGCCCAAAGUCUUACGUGGUUGGAAUCGGAACCAGCGACCUGUCAUCGGUCAACACAAUCGGAGGAAAUAUUCAUCCCAUCAUCAAUCGACCGCAGUACCAAACACAAUUGGGUAGAAAAAAAACGGUAGAGGUGAACAUCGACGGUGCUGGAAACAUGCUUAACACCACAGAGUAUGAAAUCAUGCAAGCGGCAAUGGGCCUGUUACCGACAGAGGCUGUAUCCGAAGGAAACGGUCACCGUACGAAGAGGACAUUAUUGUUUUGCCGACAUUUUCCGGCAAAGUGCGCUUACCACCGUCGGAGGUUCGUCGCUAAGCUGUUGCGAAAAAUUGGUCAUUUGAUGACCUUUGACGGCACCAACAACAAUGAAGACUUCGACGACUAUCUGACGGGAUACCGUAGAGAUUAUCCAAAACACUACAACGUGAACGCCGCGGUUCAAGAACAAGGCUAUACGGCAGAGUAUCAAAAGGAGAACCCUAGGGAAUAUUACAACGGAGAUCCGAAAGAAUAUCCGAUGGAACAACCGAAGGGAUUCUAUCUAAAAGAGUAUCAAAGCUCGUAUCCCGGCCCUCACCAUCAAGAAUACCCGAACGGCCCUCAGGUGGCCGAUAUUCGAAAAGAACACCAUACCCACGGCUUGCAUAAAAUCCAUUACGUGUGAAGUUUUUCCUUAAAAAUUAAAAGGUUAUUGAUAUUUUUACGACUAUAAACCGCGUUAAUGUAAAAUAGGUACGAUUUAAAAGACAACUUAUGCAUUUGAUUGACUCAAUUUUUGCAAAAUAAAGUUAUGUUUUUUAAGCAAUUACAUU